CAAAACCUCCUGUAUGUGCGUUUGUGUUUUAAGAGGUGGCGUCUGGAGUUGUUAGGAGACCAGGACACAAGUACCUGCCCAGGAGAGAGAGUAUUCCGCCUCCUAACACUCCGUGUGGAACUGCGAGAGCCUCCACCGCUUAAGUUUAGCAGAAGUUAAGUUUAGCAGAAGUUUCACUAAGUUAGUUCAGUGUCAGUCCCAGCUCGCUGUGUGUGUGUGUUUGUGUGCGCCUCCGAGAUGUUUGAAGAUCGCCGCUGGGGUCUCUUCAAACGCAACCUGCAGCCCACUCUCACCCUCUGGAGCGCCUUCUGCUCUUUCGGUCUCUGCAUGGCUUUCCUUGGACCAACCUUGCUGGACCUUCGCUGCCAGACCCACUCCUCGCUCAAACAGAUCACCUGGGUGUUCUUCGCCCAGAAUUUCUGCGUCUUGGUCGGGACCAUCAUCGGCGGACUCUUCAAGAAAACGUUCUCCUGCUCCCUGACUGCCCUGUUCAUCUCCACUCUCAUGAUCUCAGCUGUCUUCUCCAUCAUCCCCUUCUGCAACAAUGUGCUCAUCCUUGCCUUUGUCCUGGCGGUGGCUGGGUUAGCCAUGGGCUGCAUAGACACCAUUGCUAACCUGCAACUGGUCCGCAUCUACCAGAAGGAUUCGCCCAUCUUCCUACAGGUCCUCCAUUUCUGCGUUGGCUUUGGUGCUUUUCUCAGUCCAAUGAUAGCAGAUCCCUUCCUGUCGGAAACAAACUGUAUGCUGACCAACCUCACUGCCAACGGCACUUCGGCCGACUUGGCGCACAUCCGAAAUUCCUUGGCGCACCCGCACUUGGUGAACGGGAGCGAUGUCUUUCUGGAGCCCAAUGGGAUUUUCAUCUCGAAUGUGUCCUAUGCCUUUUGGAUCAUGGCUCUGAUCAAUUUACCGGUGCCUGUGGCUGUGCUUUCCCUGAUGUGUAAACAGGGAUUUGGGGGCUGCUGCAGAAGGAAAAAGUCUCCCCUCUUGCCCGCUGAGGAGCUCCCUUCAGACCUGCAGAUGGACAGAUUAUCAAUGGGAUCAGAGAAGACGCUGCAGGAGAAAGAUCCCGACAGUUUCUCCAGUUGCCUCAGAGCCCUGUAUCUUCAAGAAUCCCCUUGUACCUUUGUUGUUGUCCACAUUGUGGGCGCCACUGUCCUCUUCAUGUCCGAUGGGAUCUUGGGCGAGUACUCUGGAUUUGUGUACACCUAUGCCGUCGAGAAGCCACUCUACAUUGAGCCCAGGGUAGCAGGUUACCUCAACAGCCUCUUCUGGGCCUCCAUUACUCUGGGGAGGUUGGCGUCCAUUCCAGUGUCUGGGAAAUUAAGACCUGCGACCAUGGUGUUCAUAAACCUGGGUGGAAUAAUCGGCACUUUUGUCCUGAUGCUGUGUUUCCCAGUCAGCAUUGUUUGCCUUUAUGUGGGAACAGGACUUCUAGGCUUUUUCCUGAGCAGCACCUUUCCAAGUAUGUUGGCUUACACCGAGGAUAUCUUGAAUUACCAAGGGUGUGCAACAACUGUACUGGUGACAGGCGCAGGAGUUGGGGAGUUUGUUCUCCAGAUGCUGGUGGGAUCAGUUAUUCAGUCACCUGAGGCUGAUAUAUUCCUCGUAUGUGGCCUGACCUUCGGUUGUCUCGCUCUUCUGUUCUACCUGGUUCUUCUCCUCGUCCACAGAUUACACAAUCUUCAGAGCAUGACAGGGCCGUCGAAAACGCCCACGAUAGCGGAGUCCCAGUUUUCGUACCAGAGCUGAGGUUUAGCAAGCGGCCAGCCACUGCCCACGCACAGGAGUUCCGAACGGAUCCAGAGCCACGUCGGAACGGACUGAUAACCUGUGCGGACUUUAACAAUGGACUUUUUGCUGCGACAAUCUACGAGCAGCCUCCCCGACCAUUUGAGAAGUGGCUAGGUCGCUUUUGUCUCCGCUUCUAGUUAAACUGACGCGUCACACCGAAGUCUUCGGCCGACAAUAAAACCUCCUUCGAGAGCGGACGUUUGAACGGAUAAAGUAACAAUGAUCGUCUUAAUCAGCACCGCACGGGACCUGAGUUAACAAGCAUGUUUUUAUUUUUUUUAAAGUAGAACUGUUUUCUUCAAAAGCAAAACAUUCGAUUUGUUCAGGUUAAUGAUUUUCUUGAUUUUUUUUUUUUUUUGUCGUUUGUUUUAAAGCAAAAUGCCAAAUGUUUCAGGUGAGAAAUCAACUGUCUCAUUCCAAGUUCACUCGAGGUGAUUAUGAAGGCCCUUAUAAUGGGAGCCCAAGCACACAGAGGUAGCAGGCAUCUGCCAAGCACUCCCGUCUCCCCCCCCCCCCCCCCAUGUUAGUGAAGAGUGCAGUUCAGUUCAGUUUCACCUUAGUUUAUUGUCACGCAUGCCGAGGUACAGUGAAAAGCUUUUUGCUGCGCACUAAUCAGCCAGCAGGUGAAUGGGUCGCUACCCUGCCAAAGUUAGACUACAUUCUGAUGGAUUGAUCGAUGAUACUUUCUUGAUACUUUCUCGGCACUUGCACUUGGUACAGGUGCAGAGAGACUAUGCAAUUGAGGCCACGUAAAGGAUACUGACAAAGUUACAAAAGUAGUCUAUACAACAUCGUCCCUCUUGCUUCUUCCCCAAUCCCUCUCUGUUCUCAGCCGCCACCCCCAUGCCGGGUCCCUCUUUGUUAUAAGGUCAUGAGGUCAUAAGUGAUAGGAGCAAAAUUUGGCCAUUCGGCCCAUCAAGACUACUCCGCCAUUCAAUCAUGGCUGAUCUAUCUUUG